GGAAGAAUUAAAUGCCUUCAGUCAGGACUCGACUCAGAAGUGGUAUAGUUCCAAAUACUCGUGCUAGACUACCAUCAUGUGUGACGACGACGAAGGAUGUACCCUGGUUUGCGACAAUGGCUCCGGCAUGGUCAAGGCUGGCUUCGCCGGCGACGACGCUCCCCGUGCUGUAUUCCCUUCCAUCGUCGGCCGCGCCCGUCACCAGGGUGUGAUGGUCGGUAUGGGUCAGAAGGACAUCUACGUCGGUGACGAGGCCCAAGCCAAGCGAGGUAUCCUCACUCUCAAGUACCCCAUCGAGCACGGCAUCAUCACCAACUGGGAUGACAUGGAGAAUAUAUGGUACCACACCUUCUACAAUGAGCUCCGUAUCGCCCCUGAGGAGUGUCCCACAAUGCUGACUGAGACUUCCCUUAACCCCAAGGCCAACCGUGAGAAGAUGACACAGAUCAUGUUCGAGUCUUUUAACUUACCUGCCAUGUACGUGACAAUCCAGGCCGUGCUGUCCUUGUACGCCUCUGGUCGUACCACUGGCCAGGUUUGUGACUCGGGUGAUGGGGUGUCACAUGUGGUCCCCGUCUAUGAAGGUUUCGCUCUACCUCAUGCUAUCCUUCGUCUUGAUCUUGCUGGUCGUGACCUAACUAAUUAUUUAACUAAGAUCAUGACAGAACGUGGUUAUUCUUUCACCACCACCGCUGAGCGAGAGAUUGUGCGAGAUAUCAAGGAGAAGCUUUGCUACAUCGCCCUUGACUACGAAAAUGAGAUGAAUGUUGCUUCAGCUUCUUCCUCCAGUGACAAGUCCUAUGAACUUCCCGACGGUCAGAUCAUCACUAUCGGAAAUGAACGUUUCCGUGCUCCUGAAGCGCUCUUCGAGCCCUCCUUCCUGGGUAUGGAGUCGGCAGGCGUUCACGAGACUGUGUACAACAGCAUCAUGAAAUGUGACAUCGACAUCAGAAAAGACUUGUUUGCGAACAUUUUGCUGUCUGGUGGUACUACUAUGUACCCUGGUAUUGCUGACCGCAUGCAAAAGGAAAUCACUGCUCUGGCUCCCUCCACCAUCAAGAUCAAGAUCAUUGCUCCUCCCGAGCGUAAGUACUCCGUCUGGAUUGGUGGCUCCAUCCUGGCGUCUCUGUCCACCUUCCAGGCCAUGUGGAUCUCCAAGGAGGAGUACGGCGAGUCCGGCCCCAGCAUUGUCCACCGUAAAUGUUUCUGAAAGGAGGAGCCUAUUUAGAUAUCAAAGUUGAAGAAAAUUAAGAUAUUUAAGGUGUAAAUGUGGUCAGCUUUGUAAUCGUUGGCAUUUCAUGUAAACAUUAUUAUAAUCUUUAACUGACCUGUGUUAUAUCUGCAUUAUAUUCAAUAUUUGCUUUUCUUCAAAAUUUUAAUUAAAACAUUCAUUUCA